AUGUCUGAAGGACCCGCCGACGGCAGCCCCGGUUACAACUUUGAGAAGCCUAGUCGGAAACUGCCCCAAAAUGCCCCUGCAAGCGCCGAACGCAGACCCGCUCCAGGCUCCGCCUUCCAAUACGAUUCACUUGAUCAUGAGACGGACUCCAUUCGGCUGAUCCAGAUCCUGCCUGGCCCAGAUGGAGAAGUCGUUCGAUGCACGAUACGCCAUACGACGAUCAGUGAGUCGUCGUACACGUGUUUGUCAUAUACGUGGCAGCCGGAGUUUCCGAACCACGACGUCGAGAUCAAUGCGUGUUCUCUCUCAGUUGGCGAGAAUCUGUAUCAGUUCCUGCAUGCCUACUGCGCAUAUGCGAUGCGGAGAAGCCCAGUAGAUUACAGCUGGCUCAAAUACAAGCGCACUCUCUCUCCCUCUCUAUGGAUCGAUGCCAUCUGUAUACGCCAGUCCGAUGGCACUGAGAAGAAUCAUCAAGUACGACAGAUGUCCCAGAUAUACACAGACGCAGAUCACGUCUUGAUCUGGUUGGGCCAGCUCGAGGACUGCGAGCAUCUCUUCCGAGACCUCAACAAUGCGUACAAUUCCAGGUUCCCAGUCGUGGCUAUCGAUGAAAAGGAGAGACUCGAAUACGAGCUUCUGGCGUUCUAUAACUCGCCCUACUGGUCUCGGCUGUGGGUCGUACAGGAAAUAUUGGUGGCAUGUGGAACCCCUGAUCGCAAGAUAGCGAUAUUUUCAGGCCAGCAGUUGAUCGAUUUCGACAGUCUCUACAUAGCUAUCUCGAAAACGACAGGGAAUAUUGGCAGGUUUGCCAUCACUUGUUUGACCAAUUCUCAAUUUCACAAAUACGGAAGACAUAGCCUGUUUCGCACGAGGCCAAGGGGCGACUUCGUUGUGCCGAGCCCUCUCAGAGAUCUACUCGUCGCUUUCCCACAGGAAUGUCGAGACAAGCGGGAUCGAGUUUUCGCAUUGCUUUCUGUGAGCAACGAUACAUCGUUUAUUCAAGUCGAUUAUGACUUGACAAAGGGAGAACUUUUUCAACACGUCUUCGCACAAUACGUUCACGACAUCCAUCUAGAUGAGUGCGCCAGCUUCGGCGCCAUCCUGAUCGAAUCGCUUGAGCUAGGAGACCCCUCGGCAGACUUGGAGUUCUCGAAUCUAUCGGCCUUUUCAAGUUUGUCAGAUAACCAUCCCCAACACACGUACUAG